AUGACUAGUCUCACUGCUAAGGACAAGGACACAGUCAAGGCCUUCUGCGCCAAAAUGGCUUCAAAGGCACAGGACAUCGGUGCUGAUGCUCUGAACAGGAUGCUGAUCGUGUACCCGCAGACAAAGACCUACUUCUCCCACUGGAAGGACCUGAGCCCCGGCUCUGCCCAGGUGUUGAAGCAAGGACUGACCGUCAUUGGUGGAGUUGAGUAUGCUGUGAGCCAACUGGACGACCUGAAAGCAGGUCUUCUGAGCCUCAGUGAGCUGCACGCCUUCAACCUGAGAGUGGACCCUGCCAACUUCAAGAUCCUCUCCCACUCCCACAACAUCCUUGUGGUCAUGGCCAUCAUGUUCCCAGAGGACUUCGCCCCUGAGGUCCAUGUGUGUAUGGACAAGUUCCUGGCUGCUCUGGCUCUGGCCCUGGCUGAGAAAUACAGAUAA